AACAAUGUCUUACUGACCUGCCCGUCUUGGUCCGGUCCCUGCUGCACUGCACAGCUUACCUCGUUUACAGAAUCGAUUGUAGUCAAUCUUUCGCAAUAAUUCAAAGUUUAUCGAGUUAGUUUCUGCGACUGAUCCUAUAAAUAAAAGUAUGAUGGCGGCCGCAGCUAGCCAUAUAAAGAGAACCAGAGCUAGGCCUAAUUUCACAUGAGAGAGAGAGAGAAGAUGGAGGGGAAGGAGGAGGAUGUGAAGCUCGGAGCAAAUAAGUUCUCGGAGAGGCAGCCAAUUGGCAUGGCGGCGCAGGACAAGGACUACAAGGAGCCGCCGCCGCCGCCUCUGCUUGACUUCGGAGAGCUCAAGUCAUGGUCCUUCUACAGGGCCGGCAUCGCGGAGUUCGUGGCCACCUUCCUCUUCCUCUAUAUUAGCAUCCUCACCGUCAUGGGCGUCGUCCAGAACGAAAGCCGGUGCGCCACUGUCGGCAUCCAGGGCAUCGCCUGGUCCUUCGGCGGCAUGAUCUUCGCCUUGGUCUACUGCACCGCUGGAAUCUCCGGUGGGCAUAUCAACCCGGCGGUGACCUUUGGGCUGUUCCUGGCGAGGAAGCUGUCGCUGAUUCGGGCGGUGUUUUAUAUCAUCAUGCAGUGCUUGGGCGCCAUCUGCGGCGCCGGCGUGGUGAAGGGGUUCCAGAAACAUGUGUAUGAGACCAACGGCGGCGGUGCGAACGUCGUCAACUCCGGCUACAGCAAUGGCGGCGCCUUGGGGGCUGAGAUCAUGGGCACCUUCAUCCUCGUCUACACCGUCUUCUCCGCCACCGACGCCAAGCGGAAAGCCAGGGACUCCCAUGUUCCUAUCCUUGCGCCAUUGCCAAUCGGUUUCGCUGUGUUCCUGGUGCACUUGGCCACCAUCCCCAUCACUGGCACAGGCAUCAACCCUGCACGCAGCCUUGGAGCUGCCAUCAUCUACAACCGAGACCAUGCCUGGGAUGACCAAUGGAUCUUCUGGGUUGGUCCCGGCAUUGGAGCUAUCCUUGCUGCAGUCUACCACCAGGUUGUGAUCAGAGCUCUCCCGUUCAAGAGAAGAUCUUGAGCAUCAUCGCCAUUACUGUUGCAAUUACUACGGUGUUGCUAAUUCUUGAAUCUGUGAUUUGUGGAGCUUCAUUUUCGCCAUUUUAUGUUGUUUAAUUUCACCAAUUAUUGUGCAUCUACGUACUUUGAGAUCCAGCCUCUUAUUAAGUGUGUAAAUUUCAGUAAUGUUUACAGUUUUAAGAUCAAUUUAUUUCGGAGCUCAGUUUUCUCAGCA